AUGCAAUCGGGAUUCAUUAGGGGUGAUUUCACAGUGAAUCAGCUGAUUGAUUUUGUUCAUACAAUUUAUCAGAAUGGAGAUGAAGGACAAAUAACAAAAGCUAUUUUUCUCGAUUUUAGUAAGGCGUUCGAUCGUGUUUGGUUUAGAGUAUUACUGCAUAAAUUAGAAAUGAAAGGUAUUUGCGGCUCACUACUGACAACCCGUGAAAUAGCUCUCCAUACGUGCCAUGCUUAUGUAGUAGCUAUUUUUUCACCUAAUUCAGGAUUAUGUGCAGAAGUCUAA